AUGGUUGUUUCCGACAGUCCCGCCGCGGCAACGGCUUCCGAGGCGGGCGACUCGGCCCGGGCCAGCAACAGCAGCAUCAACCUUUCCGCAGCGCCCACGUUCCCGCACGAAACGCCACACUGUCCUGGUCAUGAUGUUACCACUGCCCCUGACAGUGAGACGAACAACGUCAACACAGCAGUGGUACCCGAUCUAACAGCCACAACGGACCCCGACUCGGAUGCCGUCGACGAGACGUCGGAUGUCGACGGCGACUUUGCCACGCUGCAGAAGAUGUUGAGCCAGAAGCGCCGCGCGGCCAAGGACAGCCCCGAGGCCCGGCUGCAAAAGGCGCUGCCCUUUGUCCCGACCUUUGCGCCCAAUAUUCGACCGCUGACCAUUGCCGAUGUGGAUGCCUGCGUUGCGCUCGAGAAUGCUGCCUUCCCUAACCCGGAGCAUCGCGCUACUCGCGAUAAGUUCGAAUACCGCCUAACUGUCUGCCCCGAACUCUCGCUCGGCGUCUUCAUCACCAUCGUCCCCUCGCAAGCCCACUCCUUCUUCGGUGACGCUACCACUGCUGCCGAAAAGCUCGAAACCCUGCCCUACGCCCGCCCCGUCGAGACCGACCGUGCAGACGGCGCCGUCAGUUUGUUACUUGCACACAUCGUCUCGACGCGCUGCCGCGGCGCCAUCAUCACGGACGCGGAUAUGGCCGUGCCCGACGGCUGGCGCUCGCUGAAUGGGAAGUCCACGGAGGUCGGGCAUCAAGAGACUGCGGGAACGGUCGGGCUGCAUUCAUUGGCGGUGUUGCCCAGGCUUCAGAGGUGUGGCAUUGGGCAGUUAAUUAUGAAGGCUUUUCUGGAUCAGAUGCGGAAUAUGGGGUUGGUGGAGAGGGUGGCGUUGAUUUGCCAGGAGAACCUUAUUUCGUAUUAUGAAAGGACGGGAUUUAAGCACGCCGGAGAGAGUAGAGUUAGGUAUGGGGGUGGUGGCUGGCAUGAUAUGGUAUAUGACCUCCCGCGCCAGCCGGCCAAACCAGGCCUGGCUCUCUAG